CAAAGCGUCCUAAGCUGACGUCAGCCCGGUACCGAUGAACAACCGGUAGCAUUGAAGGGAGCGGUGUGGUUGCCCGUUGUUUGUAGCUUUGUCUGCUAAUACCUCUGUGUAACCUGCAAACAUCAUGCCUUUCGAUGUUAGAAGAUUUGAUAUCUACAGGAAAGUGCCAAAAGAUCUCACCCAGCCCACCUACACAGGAGCUUUCAUUUCCAUCAUCUGCUGCGUCUUCAUCCUCUUCCUCUUCCUCUCUGAGCUGACGGGAUUCAUAGCCACUGAAAUUGUGAAUGAACUUUAUGUGGAUGAUCCUGAUAAAGACAGUGGUGGGAAGAUAGAUGUGAGUUUAAACGUCAGUUUGCCGCACUUACACUGUGAUUUGCUCGGUUUGGACAUCCAGGAUGAGAUGGGCCGCCACGAGGUCGGUCACAUAGACAACUCCAUGAAGAUCCCUAUUGACGACAACAAUGGAUGUCGCUUUGAGGGAGUGUUCACCAUCAACAAAGUACCAGGAAACUUCCACGUGUCGACACACGGUGCUACAUCGCAGCCUCCAAACCCUGACAUGACCCAUAUCAUCCACAAGCUGGCCUUUGGAGAAAAGCUGACAGUACAAAACGUUAAAGGAGCCUUUAAUGCUUUAGGAGGGGCAGACAGGCUGUCGUCCAAUCCGCUGUCUUCACACGACUACAUACUGAAGAUAGUCCCAACAGUGUAUGAAGACCUAUCAGGCAGACAGAGGUUCUCCUACCAGUACACAGUAGCCAGCAAGGAGUACAUCGCUUAUAGCCACACGGGCAGAAUCAUCCCGGCCAUCUGGUUCAGAUAUGACCUCAGUCCAAUCACAGUCAAGUACACAGAGAGGAGACAGCCAAUCUACCGCUUCAUCACAACGAUCUGUGCCAUCAUCGGUGGGGCGUUCACAGUCGCAGGAAUCAUCGACUCCUGUAUAUUCACGGCUUCAGAGGCCUGGAAGAAGAUCCAGAUUGGAAAAAUGUCAUGAGGACUGCUCCCAAGCCCCCUCCUCUCAUCUUUAUUUAUAAGUGAAGUGUUGCUAGCCUGUUAGCUAAAUCCAAUCCCUGCUCAGAACCAAUUUCCUUUUGGAGAUCGUAUCACCGUGACCAAUGGAGCGGCUCAGGCAGGCGAUCUAACUACCAGGCUACACGUCUGCAUCUCAGUUACUGAAAGUCCUCUCAGGCGCCGUCAGUCAGGAGAGGAGAGAACGGGAGAGCUCUUCUGUUACUGCGGGGAUGAAGUCUUAAGUACUGUGUGUGUGUGUGUGUGUCAGGGUUGAAACAGUGUGGGUAUUUGAUGGCUGCACUUGAUUUUUAAGAAUGAAGUAAAGAAAAACACUAAUGUUUGUGCCAACAUAUGACCAAAAUCUGUUUGUAUAUUUCAAAUCAUAGGGAAUUGUUCAAUUUAUGCCUGUGUGAUUUACAGACGGAAAGUCCUAACUUUUUUAUAAUUUAGAAAAGGGGUCCAUUGUUAUUUCAGUAUAUCAGGCUUAACUGUGUUAAAUCCCCCCCAUCAUGGGAAGAUGGGGUCUCCUUCUUUGAAGGAAGUAUUCCAGGAUAUAAACCUGUGUCACAGACUGGACUGAACUGUAAAGUGUUUGUGUAAUUCCCUUUGUCUAAAAAAACACUUGAGUUUUGUUUUGUCAUUUCCUCAGGCCAGCCCUGGUCUCUGUAGUAUUCAAACCUUGUGCCUUUAGGGUUAACUGUUCCACCGUAUAGGAAUCAGAUUAACUCUCAUUUCUUUGUUUCAGUGCCACUAACACCAGUGUUUCCACAUGUUCUUUCAUGUGUGUUACAUCCUACAGUAUCACUUUUAGUGGUGUCCUUUCACUACAGUAAUUAUUUUCUAUCUUUCAGUGCAUUUUUACCAAACAUUUCUUUGAGACUAUUGUUCUGAUUUUAUUUCCAUUUGUUCAGAUGUCUUGUUUUUUUUCUUCUACAACAGAGUUAUAAUCAUUUUACCACAGUGAUUGUUUUUGUUUAUUGUAGCUGUUUCCAUGAACACAUACUGUACAUUGUAAAGAUUGGGUCUGUAAGGAGGGAAACUAGGCCAAGAUGUUUGUCCUCUUUAGUCAUUUUGUUCUUCCUUCUUUCUCUCGUGUCAAAGACCUCCCUGAUGAACGACAGGGAUACUGACAAGCCUUCAGUUUUGGUCUUUCUACUAUAAAAGGUCAUUCAUUUUUUUUGUUAUGUCUCAAAUUGUUCUGUUAUGUUAUGUGCUCUUCAAGUAAAGGUACCAUAGAAAUCA